CAAUCGGAAUGUUGAGGGCCGCGCAUGUGUAGGAACUGCCUCCAGCAACCUCCGGGAAGCGCAAGAGCGGCCACCAGAAUCCAGAGCAGGGAGAAGAGAAUUCCCUAAGAGAAUGUGAUUCGGGCACCAAAAGAGGAAUUUAGCUUCCAUUUCGAAAUCGUUUGGAGUCAUCGUAUUUUGGAUCUUUCCUCCCCACUCUCCAAGACUCGGAAUUUUUCGAUUACAGGAAAGUAGAACUUGAAGACAAAUUCAAACAUGGCGCUCAGCUGUGGUGCCAAAUGUGCUAAAGGAGUGCUCAUAACAUUUAACCUUGUGUUCUGGCUCUCCGGAUGCGCCCUGAUAGCGUUCGGCAUCUUCAUCUUAAUCGAGGAGGAGAAGUCGUCGCUGUUCCGCCUUUUAAAGGUGGACGAGAACUAUGCCCACCUGCAGUACCUGGCGUUUGCCUUCAUCGGAAUCGGGGCGCUCGUCUUCAUCGUUGGUUUCUUCGGUUGCUGCGGGGCCAUGCAAGAAAACAAGUGCAUGCUUGUGAUGUACUUCAUUUUCCUUUUCAUAAUUCUCGGCUGCGAGUUGACUGUUGGGGUACUGGCCGUAGUCUUCCAAGAAAAGGGCACCUAUGAUCUCGAGGACAAAUUCAAAGAAACUUUGAAGACAAAGUAUGGCUUAGAUGAUCCCAUCACAAAAGCUAUUGACCUUGCUCAGACAAAAUUCGAAUGCUGUGGCGUCCGGGACGGCGGUGAUUAUGCAGACAGCUCUUGGAAGAAGAAAAACGAAGAGAAGAACGUCAGUCCCACCUGCUGCGUCCUGAGGAAUGCUGGUCAGCCCGAUUCCUACAUGGAUCCUCAACCCCUCAAUGAGAGUAUGUGCCAGAAAGAAGACGGCAUGAACAUGAGAUUCAGACAUCAAUCUGGUUGUAAAAUCAAAUUGGAAGAAUACUUGAAAGAGGAAAGUAUGCUUUUCCUUGGUCUCGGAUGCAUAGUGGCAGCUCUGGAAAUUUUCGGAAUGAUCUUUUCCGUCUGCCUGUGUAAAGAGAUCUGAGAAAUAUAAGUCCAGGCGUGUCCGCGUAACCAGCACAUCUGUUCCUCUUCUCAAAAAGACAGCUCAUCUCAGAAAUACUUGACACAUUCCUUUCUCCUCUCUCCAAACGCAUCGACCUAGACCGCUUUCCUUUCUAACCCUGUGAUCUUUGCGCUAUUGGCGCAAACUCUGCUCUGAUAUUGACGAACACUCUGGUGGGAACGGAAUUGUUGCAUAAAAAUUUUUUUUUGCUCUCCAACUCUGUUCUGUAACUUGGUUCGUAAUAUCGCUAUUAAGGAUGUAUCCACUCAGUCAUAACAAUAUGGAAAGAAACUAACUAAUUUUGAAAUGCCCCAGAAUCUCAUUCAUUAGAGGCUAGAUAAAGAAGGAUUAGAACUAAGUACAAGCAUUGCCCAGUUGAAAAAUUCGCGCCAUUUUCGCCAAACGUUCAAUUGUUUCUAAGGUAUCAAAUCUGGCAAGUAAUAGCUACACAAUUAAAAUUUGCUGGCAGUACCUUUUUUUUAAAGUCUUGAUUAAAAAUGUCAGAUAUUGAAAAAAUUAGUUUCACUUUAAAUCUUAACAUGCAAUUAUGUAACUCAUUUUUAUUAUUAGUAUUAUGUAUUAUGUAAUUUUUUUUGUCAACUUGUGACUGAUCUUUUUCUUUAGCUUUCAUUUUCUGAAUUUUUAUAUAAAUAUUUACAAUUGCAUCGGAUUUCCAUUGAUUCUAUGAAGGUUAUAAAAACAAGAAUGACCUCAAGUUUUGUUAUUAAUAAAUGAAGAAAUAUAAAGAGAACAUUUAGUAUUAUUAUCCCGUAGCAUUAUUAAAAAAUCGCACACUAUUGUGAAAUAAUUCUGACCACUUAGAUUUUUAUAUUGGCAUCGUGCUAUGGAGGUACAAACUUAUCUUUCUUAAAAAUAAGUAUGUUCUACAUAUUCUUAAGUGCUUGUUGGCAAAACUGAUGAUGAGAUCUGUAUAAUAAUAUAACUGAUAAAAAUUAGAAAAACUUGACGUUAAAAACAUGAUAAAGAAUAAUCGAUUUUCUAAAAAGUAGUCUCUUUUUGCAGGAGAAUCUUUGAAACUUGAAUCUCAAGGAAAUAAUGUUUUAAAGAUUGUGAAAUUGAAAACUGUAGGAUAAACAAAUCAAAAUCCAUAAAAAAGGAUUUAUUUUCGGUGAGCUUUUAUUAUUCCAAAUAAAGAAGGCAAAGAAUUGUUUCAUAUAAAUGGAUAUCAUAAAAAAUGAUUGUUCAAAUAUUUACCGCUUCGUUUGGAUAAAGGAGCUUCUAGUUUUAAAAAGGAAAAAGUUUUGAGACGCGAACCCAUUGAUCUUGCAUCUUGUUUCCAUGACUUGGGCAUCUCUUGAGUUGCGCGUAGACAUGUUUGGGACUUUGCAAUUGGUCGAAAUAGGUCAGAAAUUAUGUUUGGGACUUUGCAAUCGGUCGGAAUCGGGCAGAAGUCGUAUUUGAGAUUUUGCAAUCGGUCGGAAACGACCAUAAGUCAUGUUUAGGACUUUGCAAUCAGCCAGAAGAUGUGUUUGAGACUUUGCAAUCAGCCAGAAGAUGUGUUUGAGACUUUGCAAUCGGUCAGAAGUUAUAUUUGAGAUUUUGCAAUCGGCCAGAAUCAGGCAGAAGUUGUGUUUAGGAUUUUGCAAUUGGUCGGAAGUCAUGUUUGGGAUUUUGCAAUCGGUCAGAAGUUAUGUUUGUGACUUUGCAACCGGCCAGAAGUUAUAUUUGGGAUUUUGCAGUCGGGCAGAAGUUGUGUUUAGGAUUUUGAAAUCGGCCAGAAGUCAUGUUUGGGAUUUUGCAAUCGGUCGGAAUCGGAGUGAAAUCAUGUUUGGGACUUUGCAGUCGGUUGGAAUUGACCAGAGCACAGAUCUCCUAGAACUUCAUCAAGGACUAAUUAGAUAAAAUUCAAACAAUUUAAAGAUUCGGAGAUUCUUCGAGGAUGCGCAAAACCUACUUUAGUCGAAAAAUAUUAGGAAUGUUUUGAACCGCUAAUAAGCACUCAAGAAAUAUGAUAUCCCUUCGCUGUGGCUGAAAGUCAUUUCCACAGCACAUUUAUUUGCUCAAAUAUUUUGUAUAUAUUGGAGUAAUUAAAAGUUUGUAAAACACAACUAUUGAACGCAAACUAUGUAUAUAUAUAUACAUAUAAUAUUGAACCACAAAAUUAUUAAACAAUAAAAAAAAAAUAAAAGUAAAUAGUGUCAGAAAAUUUUAAAUUAAGAAAAAUAUAUUUAUGUUUAUAACAUUGCUCCCUUUACCAAUAGUUAUUUAUGAUUGCAAAUAAAAAUUCCAAGAUGGUUCUUAAAAUAUAUUUAAAUAAAAAAUUAUUUCGUUACAAAGUUGUACAUUCAAAUGUUGUAAUGUAAGUUUAUAAUAUAAUCUCGUGUUGCUGCUACUUUUAUGAAAACUGAAUCUUCUAUCAAUAAAAAUAUUUAAAACAGGAUUUUUUUUAAAACGAACGCUAUGUCAAAUAUAAACAUGAAUUUAUAGUCUUUAAAAAGUUGUAAAUGAUAUCUUAUAGUUUAUCUGCACAUUAGAUAAAGAUGUUUUUUUAUCAAUGAGAUUUUAUGCUACCAAUUUGUAUUCGGUCAAAAUCAGCUGCAGAAUGUUGUGCAAAUUACCUAAGGACUUGCCUGGACGGACGUUGAAUAUUGUAGUUGAGUCAAUAAUAGCUGGAAUACAAAUUUUGUUUGUAAUUAUAUGUUCUUACUUGUACGAAGUUCAUCUUGCUGUCUGUACUAUGCUUAUCUAUUGUUCCGUGUGCAAUUUCAUUAGACUCAGGACGGAGUUAAUUUCUUUAAAACAAUAAUUUUUAUGUUCUUACUUGAAGUUGAAAAUUUCUUAGUUUAUUUUACUUCAUAAUAUUUUUUUUUCUUCGGAAUAAUGGUUUAAGGCUGAUAGGUAAAAAAAUUUCAUCCUUUUUAAAACCAUUUUCAAACUCUUUAAUAUAUCUUUGGUAUUUGUACAGCCAUUUGUUGAAAAAUAAUUGAUAAGCUAUUUAAUGACUCUAUCACUUUUUUCUAAGAAUAUGGGAAAAAGACAUUAAUUUCUCUUUCAAUCGACGCAAUUUCAACAAAAGAGAAUAUUAAAAAUUAUUUUCAAAAAGAUUGAGUCAUAAUUUGCUUACAUGUGAUUUACUAAGUAAUUGGCCCCAGAAAUAUUUUACGCUGCAAGUUCCGAGUGUACAAAAAUGUGAAAAUACUACUGAAAUGCACAUUCGCCAAGGUUAACCCAUGAUUAGAAGAGAAAACUUUUAGCAAAUGAUAAUUUGACUAUCUUAUGAUGUGUCUUUAGAAAUGAACUAACUUUUUUUCAGAUUUCCUAUAUAUAAGAAUACAUAAUCUUCAUUAGGAUGAAGACAAACAAAAAAAUGUGGAUGAAAGAAAACAAACAAUUUGAGUGAUUCUCUAAUGUCCUUUCACUAGCGAGAAAAAAAUCAGCAGGAGUGUUAUUCUUAAUUUUCUCGCAUAUUAAUAUGGCGCGUUUUUUACUAAUAUAAUGAAAAAAUAUGAAUACGCAUUUUGGACUUUUUUUCCAUCGAUUUUCAUUGAUGAUGAGAUUACUAAUCAAAUUUAAUCUAUUCGAGUUGUUGAGUCUUCAAACAAUCGAUUUCACAUGUACGGGAAUUGAUUGGUUAUCGAACCUUUUAUGAAAUUUUAUACAAAAUAUGGAAUAGGUCUGCAAUUCUGAUGAUAAAAAAUAAAUCCUUAAUUUUAUCCGUCAUACUUUCCAUUGAGUUACCAAUUGAGAUACACAGAUAUAUAAGACAGCUUUCCUGCAGAUGGAUUUUGUCUAAAAUUUAACAGAAAUCAACAAUUGUGGUAUUAAAACCGCAUACCAAAUUUCAUCAUGCCACGUUGUUGCAUUUUUUUUUCUUCUGUUUUUCCUGUUCAUAGACGGACAGACAUAAUUCCAAAGUUUUUCGAACUUGGUUCUAAACCAAUAGCGAAAUCUCAAGCUCAGACUUUCUGACGAUAACAAUACUUUAAAUUCGGAAGAAAAAAAAAAAAAAAAAAAGAUGCUCCAUUCUGUUUUCUGGGCCAAUUACUUAUUAAAGUAUCAAGCAUUAAAAAACAAUUUUUCAAAAAAAUCGAUAUUUUUUAAUAAUCACAACUUUAUAAGGUAUUUAGGCUUAAAAGAUAUAAUUUCUUAUCACUUAGAUCACAAAUCUUAAGUGAUAUUUUUUAGUAAAACAUACACUGAAGAAUACGACUCGUUAACAUCUAUUUAGAAAAGAGUAUUUUAGUUAGUUUCAAUUUGUACACGGCUUAUGUAAAUACACAAAUGCUUUUAAAGGAAAAGGUGUUUAAAUUUAUCGAAUAAUUAAUUGCAGCAUUCAUUCCCAGAGAACAAUUUUUUAAGCACGAAUUCAGCAAAUGUACAAGAUUUCGACACUGGACAUAAAAUCGAUUCUUCGUGGUUUGAAUUUAUUCUCGAUAAUUAAUAUUGUGGCAUCAGUACGUUCUUAGUACUAAAGAGGUUCCAUCAUUUAGAUUGUUAAGUUUCACCUGCAAAGCAUUAACUUCAAUUUUUCAUCUCUGUGUUAGAUUGAUUAGUAAAAGAGCUCAAGUAAGGCUGUUUUAGAUUGAUUAUAUACGGCUUUCUAUACCUUGCAUUGUGUUUGUUUGAUAAUAAUGAAUGGUGGUUGUAAAUACUUUUGCAAAAGAUGAAAAAAAAUCUAUUCCGAAUAAUGCUCAUCAAAAUUAGCUCAACUAUUUUUCUGUGCCUACGCGAACUUAAUAUCUUUAUCUUGAAAGAAAUUAUUAUUAUAAAAAGAUUUAACCUUUUCAACAAUAUCCGUAAAAUUUUCAUACUUAUUUUGAAAGUUUGUAUGUGUUCAGAGAACAUUAUAGUUCGUCUUGAUAACAAACUUGGUGGUCGUUUAUUCACUUUAUGGAUGAUUACAUAUAAUAAUUAAAGGAACUUGUGUUUUGAUGAGGAGUUCAAAUUUGUUCCUUCUUCCCAGGUUAAAAAAAAAAAAAAAAAAAAAAAAAAAAUGUAUCUGCUACAACAAACUGGAAUCGAAGAAAUAAAUUUCAAACAUUGUCUCUGAGUUAUCGGUAUUUAAAUAAAAGAGAAACAGCAUCACUAAAACUUGAAUGACUGAUCCCCACAAAUGCAAAAGCGGAAUCUGUGUUUUCUAAAAAAAAAUUCCAUAGAGGAAAACAUAACCUUAAAACAAAAGACCCGCGAUCAGAAAGACAAAGGUAAAAGAAUGAAAAAACAGCCCCACUCCGCUUAAAUUAGCUAUAUUGCAGCUGAGAACGCAGUAACUUUGAAUAUGAAUUUCCAUCCUCGUACUCGGUGCAGUACCAAGACGCCACAUGUGACUGAACUAAAAUAGAUUAUUUUAAAACACUUCCAGAAAUUGUGAACUCUUACAAAUGUUUCCGAAUGCAUGCAAACUUUCAGGAAAAUGUGUUCGAACGAUUUAAGUUGAACACAUCAUAGCCAUAGGUAAAUAAUAACCUUUAAAUAUGUUUUUUAUGUCUAUUUACUGUGAAAUAUGUCUAUUGCCAUGGUGAAAUAAAACAAUGAAAAUUGGCUUCUUGCAAAUCGGUGAAUAAAUAUCAAGAGAUAAAACGAUAUUCAUCGACGUUUGCUAAGAGCAGUUUUUUGUUUCUACUAUUUCAAUGAAAAGAACCAAAUAUUUGUGAUAUUUCAUUUGAUAUGCGCUUGGAAAUAAUCUAGUGCAAUAUCAAUGCCAAAUAAGUACAAAUUUAACCACAAUAACCGCAUUUUAUAUUAAGAUAUAAUGAUGUAUUCGAAUUCAAUAAGAAUAUAUUUAAUAAUUUGGAAAGUAUUUUUGAAUUUUAAGCCUCAGAAACAGUCUUUCAGAUAAUUAAAUUUGUUUAAUUUUAUAAACAGAAGUUAGAACCAAAAUGUUCUUCAGGAUUUUUAAUGCAAUUUAAGAGAAAAAAUAAACUAAUAAUAUUAUAUUAUGCCUUUAUAAAUUUUUUUUCAAUAUUUUCUUGCUAUAUAAUUGGUCAUUUACAGAAGAAUAUUUAUAAAACACACCCGAAAAUAAAUCAUAACAGCUUUUUAAAACAAAAAAAUUUACUAUUGCAUGUUUGAUAAUAAAUGUAUAUAAUGUACAUUAUUUUUAUUGUGUUAUUGAAGAAACUGCUAUGAAAAAUAGUCUGUCUGUACAGAUAAUAAGUAUUGCUUGAUGUCUGUAAGACAGUAUAUUUAAAAAUGUGAUGCAUGUUAUAUUGGAAUAAUAAUUGGAAAUCCAUAUCUAUAUAUGUGAUAUUACAAAUAUCUUAAUCAUGUUUGGAAAAUUUUAUAAUUGUUGCCAUGCUUCAUUAUGCAUCAAAUCAAAGCAGGAGUUUAUUUCCUAAAAUAUUUCUCAAUAAUCUUAUAAAUCAAUUUUUAUAUCAUCAAGCAUAAUCUCAUAAGACCAAUAGAUAAUAAUUCUUAAAAUAUUUGUUCUGAAACUGAAUAAAUCCAUUCCUUUUUUUCUGCAGUAAAUUUCAUAAAUUGUUCAGUUUCACAUCCUAAAUAUCAUUUAUGAUUGCUUUGCACUUAAAAUAUACAUGGAAUAUAAAUGUGGCUGAUAAACUUAUCUAGUCCUGUCACCAUAAAUAGUGAACUUGAUGCAUUAAAUAUGGUGUUUAGAGCUUGCCCAUAUUUCUUGUAAAAUGUUGGACAAGUUUACAAAUUCGAAACUACUUUCUAGUUGAAUACUUAAUCUGUAAUAUCAUAAGUAAUUUGCUCCUUCAGUGCUCAUAUAUAUUGAUUUCUCUAAUUAUUCAAAUAUUAUCAUUUAAACUUGUAUAUAUAUAUAUAUAUAAUAAACAGUAACUCAGUGGAUGAAGCUUUUCUUUGUUAGAUUACACUGUGAUCUUAACUAACUUAAAUGAAUAAUUCUUUGCAAGUUGUUUCGCAAAUUGUAAGUGAUGUACUUAAAUUUUUUUCACUGUAUUCAUAUACACAGUAUAUUAAAAAGAUUUUGAUUGCAAUGUAAUUAUUCAGUGUCACUAUGCGUCAGAAAAUGUUGAAGUACAAUUUCUAUCACUAUAAAUAAAUCAUUCCUUCAA